UCGUUUCAUUUUUACCUGUGCGGUCGAUAGAAUAUGGUAACAUUAUUACAUUUAUAAAUUUCAACUCGAUCGUCAAUUAUGAAUUUUGUUAAUUAUAUGGUUUUUGAAAAUACGAAAUCGGAAAUCGUUUGUGUAUGAUUGAGAUAAUUCUCUAGUUAAGCCUUAUUCGUGGAUUGUCGAACUAUUUCAACAUGCAAAUCUCGCAAUGGCUGUUGAUAUUCGUAUUAAUCAUUAUAACAGAUGCUGAACAUAAUAUCCAAAAACGAGACUCAUCAAAUAAAAAAAAAAUAGUUUGUUAUUAUACUAAUUGGAGUGUGUAUAGACCGGGAACUGCUAAAUUUUCUCCGCAAAAUAUCAAUCCAUAUUUAUGUACUCAUUUGAUAUACGCAUUUGGUGGGUUAGACAAAGAAAAUGGUCUCAAGCCGUAUGACAAGUAUCAAGAUAUAGAACAAGGUGGUUAUGCGAAGUUCAAUGGAUUAAAAACGUAUAACAAGAACCUUAAAACUUUGCUUGCUAUUGGAGGAUGGAAUGAAGGAUCUACUAGAUUUUCAAAACUCGUAGCAGACGAAGACAGACGCAAAGAGUUUGUAAAAAAUGUAGUUAAGUUUUUAAGACAAAAUAACUUUGAUGGAUUAGACCUUGAUUGGGAAUAUCCAUCAUUCAGAGAUGGAAGUAAUCCUAGUGACAAAGAAAAUUAUGCAUUAUUGGUCAAGGAAUUGCGUGAAGAAUUUAAUAAAGAAUCUUCAAAAACUGGCCGUUCUAGACUUCUCCUUACUAUGGCUGUUCCAGCUGGCAUAGAGUAUAUUGACAAGGGAUAUGACAUUCCAGAAUUAAACAAAUAUUUAGAUUUCAUGAAUUUAUUAACAUACGACUACCAUUCAGCGUAUGAACCAGCUGUAAAUCAUCAUUCUCCACUUUAUCCACUAGAGGAAGAUUCUGAAUAUAAUUUUGAUGCUAAACUUAAUAUUGAUCAUACAAUCAAACAUUAUUUAGACUCUGGUGCAGAUAAAGAUAAACUAGUGUUAGGUAUUCCUACUUAUGGAAGAUCAUACACUUUAUUCAAUAAAGAGAGUACGGGAAUAGGAGCUCCAUCUGACGGACCCGGAGAAAAAGGAGAAGCUACUAGAGAAAAAGGAUAUUUAUCCUAUUAUGAAAUAUGUGGAAGUUUAAAAAAAGAUGACAAGUGGACAGUUGAGCAACCUAAACCUAGAGCAAUGGGACCAUAUGCUUAUAAAGAUAACCAAUGGGUUGGUUAUGAUGACGAAGAAUUCGUAAAACUUAAAGCUAAAUAUGUAAACGAACAUGAAUUAGGAGGAAUUAUGUUUUGGUCUAUUGACAAUGAUGAUUUUAGAGGAAGUUGUCACAAGCGUCCAUAUCCUUUAAUUGAAGCAGGAAAAUCAGCGUUAUUAGGGUUUGUUAUUAUUACUUUAAAAAAUGUAUUUAUUUAUUUUUAUAAAAUAUAUAAUGUUUUUAGAAAUUUGAAAGUCGAUUCAACGUUAACCAAAGAAACAAAAACUCCUCUUAAGCAAAGACCUAAACAAAGACCAAUAUCUAGAUCAACGACUACUGAAAGUGAAGAAAUUUCUUCUGUAUCAACAACUCCUGAACCACCAACAACGCCUGAUUCUGGAACCGAUUUCACAUGUAAAGAGGAAGGGUUCUUCCCUCAUCCACGUGAAUGUAAAAAAUAUUUUUGGUGUUUAGACAGUGGUCCAUCAAAUUUAGGAAUCGUAGCUCAUCAAUUUACUUGUCCUUCAGGAUUAGUAUUUAAUAAACUUUCAGACUCAUGUGACUAUAGCCGAAAUGUAAUUUGUAAAGAUAAAAUAACCACGUCCGAUGUUACCACUAUUACUACAACUACUUCUACCUCAAAACCAAUUAAGUCUGGAUUAAAAAUUACCACAACAACUACAACUACAAGUACUCAAGCUCCUGAAAUUGAAGAAGAAGUUGACAGUGAAUUUGAAGAAGAAGAUCCCAAAGAAAUUAAACAAUUAAUUACUCUUAUUAAAAAAUUAGGCGGUGUAGCUGAGUUAGAAAAGCAGUUAAACCUUAAAGAUGGCGAUACAGAAGUUACAACACCCACAAUAAGUAAAACUUUAUAUAAUAAGGUUUUAAAGAAUCCAGCUAACAGAUUUCAGUCUCGUUAUGUUAAUGGUCCUGGUCCCCAAAGUAAUGGUUUAGAAGUUAAAGAUGAUACGCCUGACUACAAAAAGGAUAAGCCACAGUAUGUGACUAUCAGACGACAAAGGCCAUCAAAAGAUGUUGAAGAAGAAAACUUAAAUGUUGAGGACGCUAAUUCUGAACAUGAUGUAACCACAGAACAAACAAAACUAACAUAUAAGUCCGUAGACAGAAAUAGAUAUCGUGAUUUAGAGGAAUCUUCAAAUAAAAACGAAGAAAAUGAUUCCAUACCAAAAUACAUUUCUAUAAAUCAAUCGAGAUCUACUGAAAGUGAUUCUCAAGAUACAACUAGUCCAAAAUACGUAACAUUACGCAGAUCAAGACCAACAACUCAGGCAGAAGAAAGCAUUGAUGAAGAAACUUCCCUCACUACUUUACCAUCCACUUCAUCUCCUAAAUAUGUUUCAUUAUUGAGACAAAGAAGUACUACAACACCAUCCAAACACGAAGAAAGAGUAAUUGAGGUAACAACGAUAAAAGAAGAGGACGAUGAAAUCCGAGACAUUAUUACAACCCCUAAGGUGAGUGAAGAAACUAUUACAAAUGAACCUAUUUUAACUAGCACAAAAUUGCCUAUUACAACACUGGAUGCCGAAAUUGAUAUUUCGACAGUAAAUUAUUCCACAACAAUAUCAAAUAUAUCUGAAACUAUUUUUACUACUCAAGCUCCUAUUCCAACUACUAUGGAACCAAUUUCCCUUGAGACUACCAUAGCUUCAACAACGUCAACAUCUACAAUAACUAAUGUAAUAACAUCUAUUUACGAAGCUGCAACUGAGAGACAGCGUGUUCGUAUUAAAAAUAUUCCUAACUUUUUAUCCGAACAUAAAAAAUCUGAAUUGGAUAAGUUUACUAUAGAGAUGAAUAAAAUCUCAACAACUACGCCUAAAGUAAUAGAAAAUAACCUAAUGAUGGAGGAAUCUACACAAAAAUCAAUUCUUAAGGGUCGAUUUAGAAGUCAGACACAUCCUCGACCUACAUUAAGAAAACCUACAGAGCCCACAAUUAAAAUUACAACAACGGAAAAAGUUAUAGAUACAGUUACUGAAAAAAAAAGUCGUUUAAAUAAGUACACUAAUAGAUUCUUUAGACCUAGUCAAAAUAAUACCGAAGAAUCAACUACUACUCCAAAACGAUUUAUUCGACCCACUACUGAAACAUAUUCAAGCAAUAUUACAAAACAGUAUGGUAGAUUCAGGUCUAAUACUGUUAAUAAUUUAAGUACAAGUACUCCAUCAAUAAGAAGAGGAGGUUCCAGAUUUAGAUCCAGUACAACUGAAGCACCGACUUCAUCGAAUACUGUUGAAGUAAAAAAAUCAAGAUUUUUUAGAUCACGUAAGCCAACUACUGAAGGUUCUACUACUACAUAUACUACAGAAUCUAAAAUAAUAAAUGACGGAGAACUAUUAAAUACGGGAGAGAACGUUGACAGAGUACGAUAUGACUCGUCUACUUACGAUCAAACAACAUAUAGAUUUACAUCGAGAACAGAGAAAAAUUUUGAACAUUUUUCUUCAGAAAAGAAUGAAUUUAGAGAGACUACAAUAAAUGAUUAUGAAUCUUAUAAAACAAAUCCAGACGACAUAACUACCUUAUUGCCAAGCACCACCAAUAAAAUGUACAAAAUUGUUUCUAGAGGUUCUGUAAAAGCUGAUGAUACAGUUAAAUAUGAUAUAGAAGAAAAACCUCGACGCACGUCAUCAGGACGGCAGAACUCUAGAUUUUUAAAAGACGAACAAAAAGUAUUUUUCAUCAAAAUCAAACCAACUGUAGAUGGUAGGUCUCAAAAUGAAUUUAUAUCAGAAGCUACGAAAAAUGUAACUAGAAAUCGAGGGCGAGUUAGAGCAUUUGAUUCGUUGGAACUUUAUACCCUAUCAGAUGGACUAACAAAUAAAAAUCGACAACAAGAAUUAUUUAAAGGAAGUGAAACAAAGUUCACUGCUCGCCAAUUGUCAGUCACAAACAACUCAACAGAAGAGAUUCGAAGGGAUAGAAACCGUUUUAGAGGCACAAGACCUCCUAUAAGAACAACAACUGCUGUUGAAGAACCUCAAUCAUCUACAGAAUCAUACGUAGCAAAAGUUAAUCGAAGAAGAAAAUUUAGACCAGAAUAUACAACUGUUGUGGCUACAACUAAAUACAGCCAAGAAGAGCCCACAACAAUACGAAGCAGAAGACCUGAACAACGAAGAAUUAAAAAUAGGACUACAACACUUAAAAAUAUUCCAACAACUAUAGUAACUCCUGAAACUGUAGCAGAAGACAGCAAACAAAUAAAUGAUUUUUUGGACUCAUCUUCUCAGCCAUUUUAUGACGAAAGUAGUUUUUUCAGCAAGAAUAGAGACGAUCGAAAAAUAGGUGGACCAGUUGAAGACCUUGCAAACACUGCUGUAGCUGCAAUACAUACAUUAGCUACAGCUCCUCCAUCUACUACUAUAUAUAGAUCAUCUACCAGUGUUCCAGAAAAAACUUUCUUCCAAGAACCUCAGCACCAAGAGCUAAUUGUGCCUCGUCUUCCUCAUUCUAAGGAUAAUGUAUUCAAUUUACAAAAUGAAUUUACAAAAUCACUACAACAACAGCCACAGCAACAAACACUCCAACAGCUAUCUCCUUCUAUUAAGCUAUCAGAAUCAUUACAACAACAACCUCCUAAAUCAUUUCAGCCAGUUGCUUCGGGCCAGUUUCAUCCAUCUCCAUUCCAAUCAGGACCAUUUCAACCAAUUCCAUUUUCCUCUGAUGUGUCAUUUUCACCACCACCUGUAUUUGCCCCUCAACAACCAACAACUCCUCUACCAGCUACUUCCCGACAAACGUUUUUACUAAGACGUGGUCCAUCAAGAACUACACCAUUGAUUAAAUUCACACCAACUACAGCCCGUUCAUUAGUACCAGUUCAACCCAUACAGUUUCUAAAUGAUGGACCUAACCAAGAGCAGUUUGCCGACUACUCAGAACAGUCUAAUUCUGGUGAACAAGUAGCACUCAAAGGCAAAGUUCGAAUACAUGCGGAUGGAUAUAUCGAAUGCCUGGACAUGGGUAGUUUUCCUCAUCCGUUUUCGUGUCAAAAAUUCAUUUCUUGCUCCAAGACCGAAUAUGGUUCUUUGAUCGGUUGGGAGUAUACAUGUCCUAAAGGACUAUCAUUUGAUCCAGUCGGUGGUAUUUGUAAUUGGUCAAAUGGAUGCAAUAAUUAAUGAUCUAAUUAACAGAGGAAACCUAAAAGAACUUAAUUUAUAUUCAAUAAAUAAAACAAUUCCUAGUCUUUCUCAAAUGACGUAAUGAGUUAUAAUUUUCGUACACUUAACUGAGGCCAAUGUGUUAGUGCUUUUCUUGGUUAAUUCUUAAGCCAAUAACGGAUAUAGAAAACACUCAACUUGGAUGAAAUUACAAUAUCAUUUGUCUCCAAUGUCAAAAUAAUAAUUUGUAGUUUCAUUCGAUUUGUUUUAUAUACGUUUUAGCUUAACGUAUUAUAUUGUUUAUGACAGUUAAGGAUAACUAGUUUAAUUUGUA